AUGCAAAAGUACUUAUUUUCACCGAGCUAUAAAUUUGACGAAUAUAAAUUUAUGUUAUAUCUUGAAAUUUUAGACAGUAUCGUCAAACCUAAGCCAGAGACCAAAUCGAGUCAACAACAACUUAGCCCUGCGAAAGACGAAGUUGACAAGAUGGAUACAGAAACGGCUCCAGUAGAAAAUACAGACGCAAAUGGUAGAAAUAAUGCACUUCUUAGACAAAUCGACGAUAUCGAAGGUCAAAAAAUAGAUAUUUACAUCGUCAGCCCGGAUUCGCCUGCAAGCUCCUAUAUCAAUAUCAUUUCUAAGAAAGUAGGCCCUGACUGGAAAAAAUUAGCAAGGGAGUUGGAUUUCACCAACUCUGCCAUUAAGAAAAUUUCUCAAAACAACAGUAAUGAUACUGAUCAGCAAUGUGUAGACAUGCUCGAUUCACAUUGUAAGUUAAAGGGUAAAACAUUUACAAAGUUGGCACUAGUAGAGGCUCUCUUUGCUUGUGGUCUUCGUUCGGUCGCGGAAACCAUAUUGAAUCGAGAUAAAUAA